UCAAUGUUGAAAACUUGUAAGAUCGAUCUAACUUCGAAGAAAUUAAAAGAUAAUAAUGAGGAGAUCAGCUUCAUCUUCAUGGUCUGGCCAAAUUUGUGUAAGGAGAGGAACAUGGAGUCCUGAUGAAGAUCACAAAUUAAUUUCUUACAUUCAAAGAUAUGGUAUUUGGAAUUGGAAUGAGAUGUCAAAAGCUGCUGGUUUGUUUAGGUCAGGGAAGAGCUGCAGGCUUAGAUGGUUUAAUUACUUGAAACCAGAUAUAAGACAUGGAAAUUUCACCGAGGAAGAAGAAGACACCAUAGUCAAACUGCAUGAAAUAUUAGGGAAUAGAUGGUCCGAAAUUGCAGCCAGAUUGCCCGGAAGAACAGACAAUGAAAUAAAAAAUUUCUGGAAUACCAAGAAAAGAAAACUUGAGAGGAACAAAACAAAAACAAAAUCAAAUUCAUUGCCAAAAGUGCAAACACCUACCAAUGUUCCAAAUCCACUGGACCAAACAGAAAUCACAAACUAUGAGCUCUCAACUUCACUAAACAUACCUACAAAUUUUCAGGAGCAGCCAUCAUUUCCAGUGGAGGAUUAUGAUCGGCAAAAUAAUUACAUUGCAGAGACAAAAAUGUCCGAAUCAGGGCUCAUGAUCCAGCCAUUUCCUUCAUGUGAUGACUUGUUUAUCUAUUCUCUUGUAUGCACACUUAAGAACCAGGACAGUCACUUGUCUGAAUUAUCUGCAUCAGGAGAGCAACAAUUUACACCGAGUACCGAUCAACAUCAAGAUGACGGAACCAUAGGCGCAAACUUGCAUUUGGAUUUGGAGAUUGAAAAGUAUCUUCGCAAUAUUCUUCUGAUAUAGGAGAUUUAAUGUUUUUUGAUAAUCCUUUAUGAUAUCGUAAAUUUUGGACGAGUUUAAUGUUUUUUUUUUGAUAACUGGGGAGGGACGAGUUUAAUGUUCAUGUAAUGGAGUUAGAUUAUAAUAUAUAGUUGUAAGAACGUCGUGUAUCUAUGCUCAUGAAUGCUGAAAUGAUGUUCAACUGGUUUGAUAUAAUUA